AUGACGCAUUCUUGGGGCAAGGAUAAAGAAGUAACUAACAGUGCUACAGUUAUAGGUGCUAAGAGGGACCCGAGGGACUGCGACAAAUUCUACCAGUGUACCCACGGGGAGCCCGUAGAAGUGGCGUGCCCUAAGGGGCUGUUUUACAGCAUCGUCGAAAGGGUGUGCGAAUGGCCUGAGCUCGUUAAGUGCGACGGCCGCAUCGUCCCUGAACCGUCGAAGCCCGACGGCGGGAAAGAGCCGGAGGUAACACCAGGACCCGGCGGAGAUGGGUCCGUACAGACCGCGAAACCGGUGGUUGAAUUUCUCCCAAACGGAUGUCCGGUCGACCCCGACGUGCAUUGGCUGCUGCCACACGAGAGCACGUGCAAUCUGUUCUAUUACUGCGAGAGGGGCGAGCGACAGCUGAGAUGGUGUCCGGUGUUGCUACAUUUCAACAGGAAACGUCAGGUUUGCGAUUGGCCGUGGAGCGCUGGCUGUAUUGAAUUGAAA